AUGAUGACUAAUAACACAAAAAAUUCUGCACAACAAAAGUCAAAAAAUCUUCGGAAACGUAGCCGAACAGAUGUGAUUGUAGCAGCAAAAGUUAGUCGAAUUGAAAACAGUAAAAAAGAUGUUAUCGAUCCUUAUCUGCAUUCAGAUACAAUACCAAUGUUCAGCAGUAUCAGUCAUCACAGUCGUUGUAUAAUCAAGCGCACUUUGUUGGAGUACAUUGGAUUAGUACGAGCACAAAUUGUUGUCGGUUGGAUACCGACAACAAAUGAUGUAAAAUUGUACUGCACACAAAAUACCUUGCUGAAUCCAGAAGUUAUUUCGCUUUGUCUUGGCGAUAAACUGUUGAUCAGUUCAACCAAAAAAAUUCGGCAUUAUAUUCGUGUUUCAUUAGAAAAUUAUGCUAAAAUGAAUGUUGAUCGGAUGGACACUGGCAUACAGAAUGAUGAGAUUAAUGAAUGCUUGGAAAUGCUUGAUCAAGUCCCGUUAAACAUCCUACGUAAAGCUGUUGAACGGGAUGUCUCUAUCGGUGGCAUCAAAUACUACUGUGAACUAAAUGAUCAGAUUCAAUUGACAAAACUUGCACCGGAACUGUGUUUAAUUGCGCUAAAGAUGGGCCAUUUUAAACUUGGUGCUGAACUGAUCAAAGCAUUUGCACCCGAACAUUUUGCUGUCAUUCGUCGACUAAUCACUAAAGACAAUCAGUUUGUGUUAAAGGAUGUCCAAAAUAUGUCUACAGCGAUGAUAAAAAGUGAUAAUUUAACGCUGCUACAUUUUGCUGCCACAUAUCCAAAUAUCAAAGUUAUUAAAUCAUUGCUGUUUAAAGAUGCUUACAACUGGACUGUACUACAUUAUGCUGCUGUUUGUUCAUCCAGUAAAUUGUUGCGAUCACUGCUGACACAGUUGCCUACCACAUGUAUUGGUAUCAAAAAUGCAGAUCUGGAAACCAUAUUACAUUGUGCUGCAAGAGCUGGUCGAGUUGAAAAUGUUCAGUUAAUUUUACGGACUGCUAAAGAAGAGGAGUGUAGAUUAAAUACCGAAAAUAUGUUACUAAAUAGACCACUGAUACGAACAGUAUUUGGUGAUGGUGUACUGCAAAAUUCAUCAUUAUUUUCUGAUUUUAAAGUUGUCAAAAAUUUAUUAUCUACAAAAAAUAUUGACGGCAAAACAGCGCUUGAUUUGGCCGUUGAAUAUAACAGACUGGAGGUAGUUCAAAUACUUCAACAGGCAGCUGCUGCCUACGAUGAUGACAAUGAUGAAAAGACCAAAGCUUUAUUUAUUAUUGUUCUUGCGGUUGCUGCGGUUACAACUGUCGAUGACGCUGCUGAUGUGAUUGUCGACAAUGACGAUGAUGAUGGUGAUGAUAAUGAUGACGAUGAUGAUGGUGAUGAUGAUGAUGAUGAUGGUGGUGAUGAUGAUGAUGAUGAUGAUGACGAUGGCGAUGAUGGUGACGGUUUUUUGACGUUAAUCAUAGAAUCUUUUCAAUCAGUUUUCUGA